AUGAACGUCAACGCCGAUACCAAUGGUCUGCUAAAGGCCUUGCUGAAAUUGGAUGAGGCAGACCGUGGUCACAUCGUGGAGCAUCUCCCUCCCGACAAAGUGAAAAAUGCUCUCUUACUUCUCCUUCGCGAAAAAGAUGGAGUUCUAGGUACGUCCGACAUCGCCACCUUUGGUGAGCUCACUGACUCGAUGUUACCUCUUCUAGUUCUACAAAAGCAACCGCUCGCUCAAGCUCCCUUGGCCAUACAUCCUGUCUCCACGCAUGAACCGGUUACUAUAUCCAAUAAGCAGGGUAACUCUGCAGCAACUUUCAACAACUUGAAGCGAGCAAAGACUGAUGCAGCUGUAACGCAAAACGCCGAAGAGGGCGCAGCGCAGAUCGUGGUACGGAGUGAGCACGAGACCAUCGAGAUUGCUAGCGACGACGAAGAGCCAGGAGCCGAGGCUAGUGAUCAAUCGAAGAUCAAAAAGCUCGACAGCCAGUUGACCUACCGAUGUACCUGCGCGUUCAUGAUGAAUCGGGACACGAUACGUUGA